GGCGUGAAUACUGAAGGCAGCGUAUACAGUACAGGCCAACAUACUGUAUGUGACCUGUGGGCUACAACACGCGUGGUGUUUGUAACGAGCUCUUUAACUGCUAUUACAUAUGAUUUGCAUUGGAUUGGUUAGGUUCUCCUGACUCCUUGAUUCAAUCUUGAUAAAUAUUACCGUUUUAAAAUAAUAAUAACGUUGUGUCAUAGACUACAAUUAGAGCCUAUACUGUCUGAUUACCACUAGGCCUGUGUGAAAGUGUGAUUUUGUUGGUUUGAUUAAGAUAAGAGAGAGAGCGAGAGAAAGCGAGAGCGGGGAGAGCGAGCGAGCGAGACAGAGCUAGACGAGGCCGCGUUUAACGGAAAAUCGGUGCCAUUGAGAAACAGUGCGUACGGUACUUUCCGCUAUUACGCUAGGGUAUCUAACGAUUCCAUACAUUCGAUCGUCGGUCAUAUCAACUCUAUUCUGUCGCGAGGUUUAUGGAGCAUUACGGACUAUCAGGCAUACAUUCUUUAAAUGUGCUGGAUAAUAUAUAUCCGUGUGUAAUCUUGGAGCCCACCGCAUUCCAGGCUAGAGAGAGGAAGGAUGCUGUAGCCUACUAGGCUAUGCGCUACUGAAACGUUUUACAUUGGCCAAUCGCCCAGCCUCAACAGUGCGACUGCAUUUUGACUGGAAUCGACGAAAGAUAAUAUAAUAUGACUUCCAUUUGCUAUGUGUUAUAUCUGUACGUUUGUAUUUGUCAUCCAACUGGACUAGCCUGUAGAAUAGGCUACAGUCAUCGCCAUAGGAACCCGAGGGAAAUAGCAUUAUAAUAAGCUACUUUAGUGCAACGUGACGUGCAACAGCGGGAAAGACGGUGGAGUCCUAUUAGGUGAGAUUGAGUGUAUGUGUAACGCUAAAGUGGCUUGUGUUUCCUCAUGUGGUGUGUUUUUCGUCGAGGAGGAUACGCUCGCGUUGUCGGAUAAUUCCCACGUCAGGGAUCGGUUGACUCCCUUCUUUAUUCCAUCUCGCUCUCACACACACGGUGCGCGUGGCCUCGCCCGGGAGCAACCAGGUCGCCUAUUACACGGGCUUAAUUUUACUGCAUCGGCAAGGAGGAGAGGGAGCGAGAACCGAGAAUAAACAACGGGAGGGAAAGAUUGGGGGACCGGAGGAGAGAAGAGGAGAGGCGGGAUGAAGGAGGAGACGCAGUGAACGAAAGAGGAGGAGGAGGAGGGAGACUCGACCGUUCGAGGCUCUCCUGACGUGCCUGGUGGUAUCGCGUCCUGACUCUCCCCCCGCCAUGGCUCUGUCACUGUGGUUCCUGUGUGUGUCUGUCACCACCCUAACUCAAGUUGCCCCCUCUGGCCAAGCUAUGUCCAGAGCUGCGAUUCCCUUCGGCAUCCUGAGGAGGGAGCUAGCGUGUGAGGGCUAUCCUAUCGAGCUGCGCUGUCCAGGAAGUGACGUCAUAAUGAUUGAGACAGCGAACUACGGACGCACGGACGAUAAGAUCUGUGACGCGGACCAAUUUCAGAUGGAGAACACACAGUGUUACCUUCCGGACGCACUCAAGAUCAUGGCCCAGAGGUGUAACAACAGGACCCAGUGUGUAGUGAUAGCAGGAGUAGAUGUGUUUCCAGACCCCUGUCCUGGUACAUACAAAUACCUGGAGAUACAGUAUGAAUGUGUUCCUUACA